AUUGGCCGAAGCAGUGAGUGGACGGCCGCGGAUUGGCUGCGCUCAGCGGCGGGCUGAGCAACUGGAGUGAGAAGAGCAGUUGGGCCAAGAUGGCGGCCGCUGAAGGACUAGUGGGCGACGGCGAGCUGUGGCAGACCUGGCUGCCUAACCACGUCGUGUUCCUGCGGCUCCGGGAGGGACUGAAAAACCAGAGUCCAGCCGAAGCUGAGAAACCAGCUUCUUCGUCGUUGCCUUCGUCGCCGCCGCCGCAGUUGCUGACGAGAAACGUGGUCUUUGGCCUCGGCGGAGAGCUCUUCCUGUGGGACGCAGAAGACAGCUCCUUCUUAGUCGUUCGCCUUCGGGGCCCCGGCGGCGGCGAUGAAGAGCCCGCCCUGUCCCGGUACCAGAGAUUGCUUUGCAUAAAUCCACCCCUGUUUGAAAUCUAUCAAGUCUUGUUAAGUCCAACACAACAUCAUGUAGCACUUAUAGGAAUAAAAGGACUUAUGGUAUUAGAAUUACCCAAGAGAUGGGGGAAGAAUUCUGAAUUUGAAGGUGGAAAAUCAACAGUGAAUUGUAGUACCACUCCAGUUGCUGAGAGAUUUUUCACCAGUUCUACCUCUCUGACUCUAAAGCAUGCUGCAUGGUAUCCAAGUGAAAUACUGGAUCCCCACAUAGUGCUGUUAACAUCAGACAACGUAAUAAGAAUUUACUCGCUACGUGAGCCCCAGACACCCACUAAGGUGAUUAUACUUUCAGAAGCCGAAGAGGAAAGCCUAGUACUCAAUAAAGGAAGGGCAUAUACUGCAUCUCUAGGAGAGACAGCAGUGGCAUUUGACUUUGGGCCAUUGGCGGCAGUCCCAAAGACUCUAUUUGGACAAAAAGGCAAAGACGAAGUAGUGGCAUACCCACUGUACAUCUUAUAUGAGAAUGGAGAGACUUUCCUGACAUACAUCAGUCUGUUACACAGCCCUGGAAAUAUUGGAAAGCUGUUGGGUCCGUUGCCCAUGCAUCCUGCGGCUGAAGAUAACUAUGGUUAUGAUGCUUGUGCUAUCCUCUGCUUACCCUGUGUCCCCAAUAUCUUAGUGAUCGCCACUGAAUCAGGAAUGCUGUAUCACUGUGUCGUGCUAGAAGGGGAAGAAGAAGAUGACCAAGCAUCAGAAAAGUCCUGGGAUUCCAGGAUUGACCUCAUUCCUUCUCUGUAUGUGUUUGAAUGUGUUGAGUUGGAGCUUGCUUUGAAACUGGCAUCUGGAGAGGAUGACCCUUUUGAUUCUGACUUUUCUUGUCCAAUCAAACUUCAUAGAGAUCCCAAGUGUCCUUCAAGAUAUCACUGUACUCAUGAAGCUGGUGUACAUAGUGUUGGGCUAACUUGGAUUCAUAAACUUCACAAAUUUCUUGGAUCAGAUGAAGAAGAUAAGGAUAGUUUACAGGAACUCUCUACAGAACAGAAAUGCUUUGUUGAACACAUCCUUUGUACGAAGCCAUUGCCCUGCAGGCAUCCGGCUCCAAUUCGAGGAUUUUGGAUUGUCCCUGACAUUCUGGGCCCCACGAUGCUCUGCGUCACCAGUACCUAUGAAUGCCUCGUCAGGCCUUUACUAAGUACAGUCCAUCCAGCGUCUCCUCCCCUUCUUUGUACUCGAGAAGAUGUUGAAGUGGCAGAGUCUCCCCUCCGUGUUCUGGCUGAAACCCCAGAUUCCUUUGAAAAGCAUAUUAGAAGCAUUUUGCAACGUAGUGUUGCCAAUCCAGCAUUUUUGAAAGCUUCUGAAAAGGACCUAGCCCCUCCUCCUGAAGAAUGCCUUCAGCUCCUCAGCAGAGCCACCCAGGUGUUCAGAGAGCAGUACAUUCUCAAACAGGACUUGGCCAAGGAGGAGAUUCAGCGGAGGGUGAAAUUAUUAUGUGACCAAAAAAAGAAACAACUAGAAGAUCUCAAUUAUUGUCGAGAGGAGAGGAAAAGUCUGCGGGAAAUGGCUGAGCGUUUAGCUGACAAAUAUGAGGAAGCUAAAGAAAAACAAGAGGAUAUCAUGAACAGGAUGAAAAAAGUACUUCACAGUUUUCACUCUGAGCUCCCAGUUCUCUCUGAUAGUGAGCGAGACAUGAAGAAAGAAUUACAGCUGAUACCUGAUCAACUUCGACAUUUGGGCAAUGCCAUCAAACAGGUUACUAUGAAAAAGGACUAUCAGCAGCGAAAGAUGGAGAAGGUGUUGAGUCUUCAAAAACCCACCAUUACUCUCAGUGCCUACCAGCGGAAGUGCAUUCAGUCCAUCCUGAAGGAGGAGGGUGAACACAUAAGGGAAAUGGUGAAGCAAAUCAAUGAUAUCCGCAAUCAUGUAAACUUCUGACACCACCAGGAGCUGACUCACACCUGAAGUGAACACCACUGAAGGCUUAAACCCAUAUUGUAAAACAGGUAGCAUUAUCUAAUUUAUAAAAAGGCAUUUUGGAUGACCUUUGGUGUGGUUGUUCAUCUUUUUAAAUAUUUUGUUUUAUAAUUAUUGAAUAAAUGUUUUUAUUUAAAA